AUUUCUCUGAUUUCAGAUCAAACUUUUUCGUGGAAGAAAACCUACCAAAUUCGAAGAAAAGACUUCAGGCGAAGGAGAUUGAUUAGCACAUUUCCUAAAGCAUAUACGAGUAUGCACGGGAUAUUGUGCAAAACAGCGAAAGUUGUUUCACUGAGAGGCCUUCUAUCCAUCAGGAUUUCCUGAUCGGAUUUAUUGUUUAAUCUUGUGUUUCUAUAUAUAGCUUCAUCCUAAUUACCUCUUCUUUUUUUCCCCCACUGCUACUGAUUGGCAGUGAUUAUCUCAGUGCAAAUUAUUUGCCCUUCAAUGAAGUGUUCCUUGGUAGAUGCAGGCAACGAUUCGGGAAGGAUGCCGUUCAGUUGUUCUCGUCGUGAAUCGAGACCAUUUGACUCUGUGAGUCUCUGCGCUUAUUUUCCGCAAAAGGAGGCAGUUGAUGUGCAAAAAAUGGGCAAACCUCUGGACGACGUUGUCGAUGCGGAUCGGCGGGUUUUGAACGACUUCCCUCAGCUCUCAGAGGAGGCAGACACAGAAAGUGCCGAGUCGGUGAAGAAGGCAGAGGACAAUCAAAGUGAAGAUCGAUCAAAUGAAAGACACGACGAGGCUGCAUCAGAAGGGAAAGACGCUGCAGAUUUUGUCGCUGAAUUGGCAGCCAAUGCCAAAAAGAGUUUGCAGGCCAUGAGAUCCUCUGAUUCGACUACUGCGAAUCAGAAGGUACAACCUACUGCUGAAUUGCUGCAACCCACGAAUGACGACCAACUCCUGAAAACCGGUUUCACGUAA